AUGGAGAAAGAGAGAAAAGGGAAGGGCAAAAUGUGGGAGGAUGUUUCUGACUCAAGUCCCUCCAGAAAGGGGAAUUAUGGUGGGUUUGAGGGUGACGAGAUAUCGAAUGCCGUUGAGGAGAAAAUGAUGAUACACAUAGGAGAAAUAAAGGAAUUCUGUGAUAAGAAUGGGAAGAAAUCGAAAGGAAACUUCAGUGGGAAAAAUUCAGCAAUAGAUGAUUUUACGGAUUAUCCAGGUGUGGGAAAUGUACUUCAUAAUCUGAAGAAUUUUAACAUAGACGUUGAAGAGGACGUUGAGGAUAUGACUGAGGAUUAUGGAGAUAAAGUUAAGGAUAUGGGAGAAUCCUUCACAUUGGAGGCUAAGGAGGAAAAAACAAAGGAAGACCGUACUUGUCGAUACGUGGAUCCUGCUACAUUCGCGAAGCCUGUAGACUUUGAAAGUGAAGAGGUGGAUCCUGCUACAUUCUCGAACCCUGUACCAUUUGAAAGUGAAGAGGAUGAUGGAAAUAAAGUUGAUGAUACGGGGGAAUCGUUGGAAGUGGAAAUCUCAGAUGAGAAAGAAGAAAAUAAUGAAAAAGAAAAUACAAAUGGCAAUGAGGCUAAGGAAGAAAAAUCAAAGGAAGACACUAAUUGUCCACAUGUGGAUCCUAAUAACCCUAUGGACGUUGAAAGUAAAGAGAUUCAUGAUUUGGUUGGUGGAAAAGAACUCCCAAACAUGGAAUUAGAGGAUGAGGUGAUGGAUGAAGAUGAAGUGAAGGGAGAUUCAACAACCAAGGGGCGGGAUGGUAUAAAGGAAAGGGAAAAAUCAUCAGAAGGACCGGAAAAAGAUAAAAAGGCAGAGGAUGAUGAUAAGCUAACGCAAUUGAAUAGCACAGCGCUGGUCCGAGAGGAGAGGCAAGGUACCUUCAAGAAACCAUCAACUUCUGGUGGAGACUUAAUUGCCGUACGUGAAGGACAAGAAAUGGAGGACAAGGACAUGUUAAAUGAGAAGAGGUCUUCAAGAACUGAGAAUUGUGAUAAUGAAAUAAGUGAUAAAGAGAACAAUGAUAUGGAGAUUCAGGGUGGAGAUAACAUACCCGUGCAACAAUGUGGUCAAAAGAGGGCAGUGGAGGUAGCUGAGUAG